AUGGAAAAGGAGUGUCUUCUGUAUUACUCUAUGUUUACGUAUUCAAACGAUCCAACACUGCGGUUGAUAUCUGACCAUUCAGUGAAAUAUGAACUUCUAGGGAAUGAUUCUAUUUUUAGUAUUUUUAAAGCAAAAUUUGGACAUUUACCUGUGGUGGAGAAUGGAGAAGUUGUUGCUCUCCUUGACAUAUCAAAGUGUUUAUAUGAUGCCAAAGUAAAGGCAAAUGCAAUGGUUGUUGAAGAUGUCCAAUUGAUGCAGGUUCGUCUUGCCGGCAAAAAUGCAGGUUCAUUGUACCGUGGCAAUGCAUUUUAUCCUCAUGUUGCCUUGCAUAGAAUUUCCCGCUGUCAAAGUUAUCUUCUCCAUAUGGUAAAGUAA